GCACAUGAGAUUUCAGCUAACAUUAUGGUGGCUUUAGAUGGAUCGGGUAACUUGAGAAGCAUCAUGGCUGCAAUUAAUUCAGCACCAAGUAAAAGCUCCAAAAGGUUUGUAAUUCACAUCAAGAAUGGCAUCUACAAAGAAUAUGUGACAAUUCCAAGGGAAAAAUGGAAUAUCAUGUUGGUAGGUGAUGGCAUUGGUCGGACAAUCAUCUCAGGUGAUAGAAGUCAUGCCAAAGGUUGGACGACAUCUCAAUCUGCAACAAUUGUUGUUGAUGGUCAACGAUUUAUUGCUGUGAACAUUACCUUUGAGAACACAGCAGGACCAAAUGAAGGCCAAGCUGUGGCACUUCUAUCUAACUCCGACUUAUCAGUUUUUUAUCAUUGCGAAAUUAAGGGAUACCAAGAUACCUUAUGUCCACUAUUAAACCGUCAAUUCUUCCGUGAGUGUCUAAUAAGUGGCACAGUUGAUUUUAUCUUUGGAGAUGCCAAAGUUGUGUUUCAAAAAUGUGAUAUCCGACCAAGACAGGCACUUCCCGGACAAUCUAACACCAUCACCGCUCAAGGCCAUGCACUUGCAUCAAAUACCAAUGGUUUCUCUUUUGAUAGGUGCAACAUAUCCGGAGAUACAGAUCUAGUUUCCUCGACCAAUCCAACCCCCACAUAUCUUGGCAGGCCAUGGAGGCCUUAUUCUACAACAGUGUUUAUGCAAUCAUACAUGAGUGAUAUCAUAAUGCCGAAAGGGUGGCUACGAUGGAAUAAGAGCUUUGAGUCAACCUUGUUUUAUGGAGAGUACAAAAACUAUGGGCCAGGUGCAAGCACAAAGAAGAGGGUGAAUUGGAAAGGUUUUCAUGUUUUAAAUUCCUCCCAAGCCCUCCAGUUCACUGUCUCACAGUUUGUCAAUGGAGACUCUUGGUUGCCCUCUACUGGCGUCCCAUAUAAUGGAGGAUUGGUCAGCUAA